CUGAGGUCAAAGGUCAAACACACACUGAAACAGGCUUUAAAUAAUAAAGAGGUUUAACACCAACAAAGCAGUGAUGCUUGACGUUGUGUUCAUUUGACAGUGGACACUCUCGUCUCCUGUGACCUUUAACACGGAGUAUUUUCUCUUUUCUCUGUAAAUCCUCAAGAUGAUUGUGUGUAAGAAUCUCAGCUCUCUUAACUUCAGCACGUCCACGUGUCUAAACAGACGUAAAGUCCAGUGCAGUCCUCACUGGAGACUCAGGAGAAGUUAAUCGUAUCAUCUAUAAUCAAUAUGAAGUAAAUGGAAAGAUAUUCAGACAUAAGGCGUCUCUCAGUCGCACGUCUCUCUCUAUCUUUACGCAGGAGUUGAACAAAGACACUGAAGAAGUAAUGUGAGUUAUAAAUGUGGUCAUCAUGAUUUCCAUGAGCGUUUCCUGCUGUGAGGUCUGAGGUCUGUCCACAGCUGUGCUGAUGUCCGGUUCCCCCUCAGGUCACUGAGUCGGGGCCCAUUUCCAGCUCUCUGCUCUCUACGCAAUGCGGACCCUGAGUCUGGCAGCGCGCCGAGUCACAGCAUUCAAAUUGGAUUUAGUGUAAAGUUAAGUUGUUUUUUUUGGAGCAUGAUUCAUGGCUUUGAGAUGGAAAUAAAGUGAGCUUGUCAUUCAUUGCCUUGUUUUUACAGCCCACAAAUAAACCACGGCAUUACAAAUGAUUUGUUCUUGUCAAACAUGAAGUUUGUGGUUAUUUCAUUAUAAUAUUUGUCUCUGUGUACAUUUACAUUCAGCGGUUCUUACUAAUGCAUAUCGGCUAAAUGUCCAAACGCUGGUGAACAUUUCUGCAUCAAUGUUUCACUGGUUUCACUGAUGUUGUGAAGCCGUGAGUCAGUGAUGGAGCGGCUCCUCACUCACUCACUCACUCAUUCAUCUGCUUUCCCUUUAACUAAUUGUGAGGGACAGCGCGGGUCAAUGAGACAGAGGAAGACAGACUGUGAGGGGACGGACAAAUGGGAGGGACCUAAUUGAAUAAAAACGCUCUUGUGGUCCCAGACGCCAUAAAACCAGGACCGGUCCUGAUUGAAUCCCAGUGCAGGACUCAGGAAGCUGUCUGUGUUUUAUUGUUCACAGCAUCACCUGAUCAUGUACACACACACACACACACACAGCAUAAACCUGAAGCAUCUGCUGUUUAAACUGCAGAUGUCUCUCUCUCUCUCUCUCUCUCUCUCUCUCUAAAUCAGGCUUAUGGGCCAUUUCAGAAUUGAGUAGCAUUAGGAAGUGCACACACAGAGUUUUUGGUGGUUUGUGCUCAGCAGCUCACAUGCAGCCACGUUUCUGCUGAUUCUGACGCUUACAAUAUUAAAUGAUCGGAGGCUGAGGUCGGCCUCGUACUUAACUGUGAUUGCAAAUCUUCAUCCUGAUAAUAAUAAUAAUAAUAAUAAUAAUGAUGAUAAUAAAAAAUGACACCAGAAACGUGCCAGAGCUCAGUUUGUGAAUAACUCAUCAAUUAUCUGCACUGUUUUAUUUAAUACGCUGCAAAAAUAAAAGACAGUCAUUGUGAUUUCAGUUUCAUGUUCUCAUCAUCAUUUUACUGAAUGACCUCAUGUUUCCUGUUUUAAAUUCAUGCACAGAUCAGCAAACCUACAUACAUGUUUGUUUCUGUUUUAGCUCGAUGAUUGUUUCAUAGACUAUACUAAUACUUAUAGUAGACUCACUAUUAUUAUUGUUAUUAAUAUUCAUAUUUUGAAGUAUUAUGAAAAUAACAACAAGAACGUGUAAAAUGAUGAAAGCAGAGAACGUCAGCUGAUCACAUGAUGAUCUGCGAAAAUCAUUUAAGAAACAAAUUACUGUCGAGUUUUAAAGAGGUUUUCUGUAUUUUUAUUAUGUUAUAUUAUUAUGUGCAAUAAAGGAACGCAUGUUGAAAUAAUUCGGGUUAAAUUACAGUAAAAGUUCAAGUUUACAUUUAUUACAUUUUGGUUGUAAUAUAUCUACAGUUAAUGUUUCCAGUAUAAAUAAUGGAGUCAUCUAUGAACACUGCAGUGAUGAUGUCAUGUCAAGUUAUUUUCUUUUCAAUGCUAAUCAGACCACGCCCACAGCCACACCCACAGUCAUUGUGAACUUUAGUAUGUGUUUAUGAUUUAAUAUCAUGUUUUCACUAAAGUGUUGAUCCGUGUUGGGCUUUGAAGUGAGACACAAUAACAAAUGAAUAUCUAUAUCAAUAUAUAUCUACAGUAGAUAUAUGAGAGGAUCCCUGAUGGAGUUAGAGUGGAUCAUUUCCAUGUAACACUUUUCUAAUGAUAAUACCUAAAGCUUGCUAAUGAAAGGAGGAGUGAAAUCUGCCUCUUGUCAGCGUUUACGGUGAGAAGCACUUGGAUGAUUAGAUGCCUUACAAUCGAUGCAGCGUCUUCUUCCAAUCAUUAAGACUGCUCUUAACAGAUUACAGCCCCUCUCUCUCCUGCGCCUCCUCCUCCCUCUCCUGCUCCUCCUCCUCCUGUCUCACACACUCCUUCUUUCCUCUCUCUCUCUCAGUAGAGACAACAGGAGACUUCACCUCUCUCGCUUUUGCUUUGAAUUUCAACCUAAACUCUGAGGCUUUUUCAGCUCACGUUCAUCAGAGGCAUGAAAGUGACCAACAAACACCAGCUGCUGAUGAACUGCUGAUGAACUGCUGAUGAACUGCUGAUUUCUUUCCUACCAAUGGAUCUACUCACAGUCAUCUGUCACUUUUUGCUUUUCUUUUUUGAGUCGUCUGCAGCCACCAGCCUGAUCACAGCAGAUUUAUUUGAAGCUCGAGGUCAGCGUGUGUGUAAGGCGGGGAAAGGGAAGCCCUGUUACAAACUGGCCUAUUUCUCUGAGCUGCGGCGGAGGCUGAACUUUGCAGAAGCAGAAGAAGCUUGCAGACGAGACGGAGGACAACUGCUGAGCGUGGAGACGGCGUCUGAGCAGAAGAUCAUAGAGCAGCUCAUCACAGAGCUGAGACCCACUGAUGGAGACUUCUGGAUCGGCCUCCGCCGUAAGGACGAGCACGAGGACAGCAGCUCAGACUGCUCCUCGCUGUAUUACUGGCUGGACGGCAGCAAGUCCACAUUCAGGAACUGGCACUGGGAUGAGCCGUCCUGUGGGUACGAGGUGUGUGUGGUCAUGUAUCACCAGCCCUCUGCCCCCCCGGGUCUGGGCGGACUCUACAUGUUCCAGUGGAACGAUGACAACUGUGAGACCAAGAACAACUUCAUCUGUAAAUACACGGCAGAGAAAACUCCGGACACGUCGCCGUCGCCCAACGCCACACACACAGACGUCUUUCCUGCGUCUGUGCUGCCGUGGAGCCCGGGCGACCGCAGCCACGGCAGGAGCACAGCUCUUAAUCUGGUUUACAUCAUCAUUCCCACAAUCCCGCUGAUCCUGCUGCUGCUGACUGUGAGCGGAGUCUGCUGUUUCAAACUGCUGCUCACACGAAGGAGAAAAGAGCAGAAGUCAGAAGUCUGUCAGACGGACGCCGGCCUCUGCCCGAGCCCAAUCCCAACCGACGUCUACAAGGUCAUUCGCUCCCAGAAGGACGACGACCUGGUUUCCACUCGAGCCAACACUAAAAACACCUCCUUCUUAUGCUCCUCCCCUGACACACCCACAGGUGACUAUGACAACCUGGGCGGUCGAGACACAGAGAGUGGAUUUGUGACGCUCGCCAGCACAGAGAGCUGCUUCCUCAACUUAGACCUCAACGACCUCAGCCUCGGCCGCCGCGGCGCGCGUGACUUCUACGACAGCAGCCUGGGCCGCACGGCAAAGAGAGAGCUGAACGACAGCAGUCUGGGCCGAACAGGACACAGAGAGUUCUACGACAGGAGUCUGGGUCGCCGUACGACAAAGAGCGAGCACUACGGCAGCGGCGUGUACGGGGAUGGUGGACUGUACGACAGCAGCAUCAGAGCAGGCAGUGACCUCUAUGAUUCCAAGCUGAGGCCUGAAAGUCACACAGUCAAAGCCGACCUGUAUCAGUCAUACAUCACUAACGGCAAGGACGACACUUUCCAGAGCAGCCUGGGAACCUACGCCAACCGCAAAUCCUUCCAGUUUAACCUGGAUUCUUACAGAAAUGGCCCCAACCUGGACAGCGGCAGGAGAUACUUCAACGAACAAGAAUGGAUCAACAGAGAAAACUACUGAUUCUUCAUUUAAAGAGUGUGUGCGUACAGCUGAGG